GGGAAGGAAGGGGAAGGAAGGGGAAUUUUUCCCCUUCCUUCCCUUCCCCUCCAUUACACCCCAAUUUGGGGUGUAAGAAUUUGGGCCAAAUUUCCCCUCCAUUCUCCUCCUCUACCCUCCAAAAUGAAACUCCCAAACAAGUUUAAAAUGAAAUUUCUCUUCCCUUCCCUUCCCCCUCUCUACCCUCCAUCCAAACACGAUGAAUCCAAACACGAUGAAUGAAAGUGAAUGGUUCCCCUAACUUCCAUUCACCAUCAUUCCCCUCAAUCCAAACAAGACCUAAAUUAAAACACGAUCAAAAGAAAAUUUCAAUCCGAUUACUCUCAGGAUUCGGAGACCUAAGCGGUGAAAGGUAUUAGGGUUCGUUUUCUACACCAAAUCAUAGUAAGAGAGCCAUACAACAGCAAGAGGAAAAGCAAUCAGGCUUGUUGAAUAUGGGAUGCCUUCAUCUGAGGACACCAUUGCUUUUGCUCGUAAGGUGUUUGAUAAAGUUCCUCACAGAAAACCCUAUGGCGGUUUGAGCAGUUAUGAGGAACAAGAGAGAGAAGCAACCCGGUUAGCAAAGAAGCAAUGCAAGUACAAGUUGAUAUUGGAUGAUGUUGGUGAUGAUGAGUCAGAUGAAUUACCAAUGGAUGCUCGUAAAAAGAGAUCCAGGAAGGCUGGUGAGAGUCAUGGUAGCGAAGAUGAUGAGGAGCCCACAUUGAAGAGAUCGGAGGCUCUUGAAGCAAUUGAUAUAUCAAAUCUAAGAAAAGCUUCGAGGCAAGCAUAUUUGAAGAAAAGGAGGAACCAGAAGCUUGUAGAGUUGAAGGAUGAGAUCAUUGAUGAUGAGUAUCUAUUUGGAGAUGGUAAGAGGACCGAGGCAGAAGAACGUGAAUUGAGGUGUAAGAAGAAAGUAUAUGCACUCGCAAAUGAGAACCUGAAGGAUAUUGAAGAUGUGAGUGAGUAUAGGAUGCCUGAGGCUUAUGAUCAGGAUGGAAGUAUCAAUCAAGAGAAGAGAUUUGGCGUGGCUCUGAAGAGGUACAGGGAUGCCAAUGAUGGUCGCAGGGUAAAACCUUUUGCAGAACAAGAAGAGUGGGAGGAACAUCAAAUUCGAAAGGGAUCUUUAAAUUAUGGAUCACAGGAUAAGCAUAUACCUGCAGAUGAUUAUCAAUAUGUAUUUGAAGAUGGUAUUGAUUUUGUCAAGGUGCCGAUGAUGAAUGGAAUUGAGUAUGAAGAUGAAUUUGGCGGUGUGACCCCUAACUGUUCAAUUGCAAGGUCCAAGUUGCAGAAACUGCAGGAUGAGAGAAAAACUCUGCCCAUCUAUUCUUAUAGAGAGGAGUUACUUCAGGCUAUUGAAGAUCAUCAGGUUAUUGUGAUUGUUGGCGAGACUGGUUCUGGAAAGACUACACAGAUACCUCAAUAUCUUCAUGAAGCUGGGUAUACAAAACAUGGAAAGAUUGCCUGCACUCAACCACGCCGAGUUGCUGCAAUGAGUGUUGCUGCGAGGGUAUCAGAGGAGACGGGUACAAAACUUGGCCAUGAAGUUGGCUAUUCCAUUCGAUUUGAAGAUUGCACUUCUGAGAAAACUGUUAUAAAAUACAUGACUGAUGGGAUGCUCUUGAGGGAAUUUGUUAGUGAGCCCGAUUUAGCCAGUUAUUGUGUAUUGAUGAUCGAUGAAGCACAUGAGAGAACUAUUUCAACAGACAUCUUGUUUGGUUUGGUAAAGGACAUAGCUCGAUUCUGGAAAGAUCUCAAGUUGCUCAUUUCAAGUGCAACACUGGAUGCUGAGAAGUUCAGUGACUACUUUGAUUCUGCACCUAUAUUUAUGAUUCCAGGAAGGAAAUUUCAUGUCGACAUAUAUUUCACUCAAUCUCCAGAAGCAGAUUAUAUUGAUGCUGCUAUUGUCACUGUUCUUCAAAUUCAUAUUAAUGAACCGCCUGGUGAUAUACUUGUGUUCCUUACUGGCCAGGAAGAGAUUGAGACUGUUGGUGAGUUGCUAAGGCGCAGAACAAGUUGUUUAGGAUCAAAAAUAAAAGAAAUCAUAAUAUGUCCAAUAUAUGCUAAUUUACCGACAGAGCUUCAAGCUAAGAUAUUUCAGCCUACACCGAAGGGAUCAAGGAAAGUUGUCCUGGCAACAAAUAUAGCGGAAGCAUCACUGACUAUAGAUGGGAUAAAAUAUGUCGUUGAUCCAGGUUUUGUUAAGGUCAAGUCAUACUAUCCACGGACAGGUAUGGAGUCUUUGCUCGUUAUUCCAAUAUCGAAAGCUUCGGCAAUUCAAAGGGCUGGAAGAGCAGGAAGAACUGCACCUGGAAAAUGCUACCGUUUAUAUACUGCAUAUGGUUAUGAGCGUGAUCUCAAGGAUAAUAAUGUACCUGAGAUUCUAAGAACUAACCUAACACAUGUAGUGCUUGUUCUUAAGAGACUGGGUAUUCAUGACCUUGCAAAUUAUGACUUCAUGGAUCCACCACCAUUAGAGGCAUUGUUCAAGGCCCUUGAGGAACUUUUUGCUCUUGGCGCACUGAACGACAAAGGAGAGUUGACCAAGAUUGGAAGGCAAAUGGUAGAAUUCCCACUUGAUCCCAAGCUUUCAAAGAUGAUUAUUGCUUCAGACAAAUAUCAAUGUUCAGCUGAGAUCAUAACCAUUGCUGCAAUGCUAACAACUGGUAAUUCAAUAUCUUACCGUCCUAAGGAAUUGAAAGUCCAUGCUGAAAAUGCAUGGUUGAAAUUUCACCAAGGAAAUGUUGGAGACCACAUUGGUUUAUUAAAUGUUUACAACUCAUGGAAAGAAAAUAACUUUUCAUCUCAGUGGUGUUAUGACAAUUUUAUCCAGGUUCGAAGUAUGAAACGUGCAAGAGACAUAAGAGAGCAGCUAGAGGGGCUUUUGGAACAAGUUGAGAUUGAACAUAUCUCAAACCCCAAUGAUUUUGAUGCCAUAAAGAAAGCCAUAGCAUCUGGUUUCUUCCACCAUUCAGCAAAGCUACAAAGAUCUGGAGCAUAUCAAACUGUUAAGAAUCCUUGUACAGUGUUUAUACACGGAAGUUCCAGUCUAUACAAGGAGCGUCCACAAUGGCUUAUCUAUCAUGAACUGGUUCUUACCAAAAGAAAAUAUAUUCGACAGGUUACAGAACUGAAACCUGAAUGGUUGAUAGAAAUUGCACCGCAUUACUACCAGCUGGCAGAUAUUUAAGGAAAAUAGAGAAGAAGGGGCAACGAUGUAGAAAUCAUGCUACAGUAGUCCAAGUCAUUUGUCUGUUUACUUGAGACAGACAUUUUUAACGUGCCUCAAAGCUGUUUAUCAUUAGAGGGUGUUUGUUAAACUAAUUUUUUAUGUGAAAAUGGUUCGAUCUAAUUGUCUACUUGGUCUCUCACUUCGGAAAAAUAUGUUAGAUGCAAUCAGGCAUUAAGUUUUUGAAACUUUUUGUGAUA